AUGUCUACUGUACACACAAAAUCCAGUUUUAGGCACUCCAGUCUCUCGUCUCUGAUGGAUUUAACCUGUCCUAUCUGCUUUGACAUCUUCAAGGAUCCCGUUCUCCUCUUGUGUAGUCACAGUCUGUGUAAAGCCUGUCUGCAGAAGUUCUGGGAAGUUAAAAAUCUGAAGGAAUGUCCAAUCUGUAGGAUACGAUCUACAACGUCUGAGCCUCCUCGUAACCGUGUGUUAAAGAACCUGUGUGAGACUUUCUUACAGGAGAGAAGUCAGAGAUCUUCAUCAGGGUCUGAGGAGCUCUGCAGUCUGCACAGUGAGAAACUCAAACUCUUCUGUCUGGAGGAUAAACAACCUGUGUGUGUGGUGUGUCAGACUUCAAAAAAACACACAAACCACAAAUUAUGUCCAAUAGAUGAAGCUGCACAUGAUAAUAGGAAGGAACUGAAGAGUACACUGAAGCCCUUAAAGGAGAAACUGGAGAACUUUAAAAAAGUCAAGCUGACCUAUGAUAAAACAGCAGAGCACAUUAAGACUCAGGCCAAAAACACUGAGAGGCAGAUCAAGGAGGAGUUUGAGAAACUUCAUCAGUUUCUGAGCGAUGAAGAGGCAGUCAGGAUAACUGCACUGAGAGAGGAAGAGGAGCAGAAGAGUCAGAUGAUGAAGGGGAUGAGUGAGGAGAUGAGUAGAGAGAUAUCAUCUCUUUCAGACACAAUCAGAGCCAUUGAAGAGGAGAUCAAAGCUAAAGACAUCACAUUUCUGAAAAACAUUGAGGCCACAAAGAAAAGAGCCCAGUGCACACUGCAGGAUCCAGAGAUGCCUUCAGGAGCACUGAUCAAUGUGGCAAAGCACCUGGGCAACCUGAAGUUCAGAGUCUGGGAGAAGACGCAGGACUUUGCUCAAUACACUCCUGUGAUUCUGGACCCCAACACUGUAGGACCAUGGCUCAUCCUGUCUGAGGAUCUGACCAGUGUGAGAUACAGUAAUGAGAAACAGCAGAUUCCUGAUAAUCCAGAGAGAUUUGAUACAUAUGCGUGUGUGUUGGGCUCUGAGGGUUUUAACUCAGGGACACACUGCUGGGAUGUUGAUGUUGGGGACAGUACAUACUGGUCCUUGGGUGUGACCACAGAGUCAAAGGAGAGGAAGGGAAAGACAUUCUAUAACAGUAGUGUCUGGUGUGUUGAGUUAGACGAUGAUGGUGAAUACUGGUCAUGGGCCUCAGGAGAGUCAGCUACUCCACUGACAAUGAAUAAUAAACUCCAGAGGAUCAGAGUGGAACUGGACUGGGACAGAGGAAAACUCUCAUUCUCUGAUCCUCUAAAUAACACACACCUACACACCUUCACACACACUUUUACUGAGAGAAUGUUGCCAUUCUUCUAUAAUUACUGUGAACUCUCUCCUCUGAGGAUCUUACCAGUGAAAUGUUGUGUAACAGUGAAACGGCUCAGUUAG